AUCGAACUGCUUCCGUGUCCCGCGCGCAGCUUCCGGCAGCUGUGAGUUGUCGAAUCUUUGGGAAGCGCAGCAGCAGAGCUUCAUCAUCGUCAUCUUCAUCAUGCGCUGGUUCGAGGGCUCAAUCCCGGCGGCCAUCGCGGCAGCUAAACAGCGCAGAUGUGUGUUUGUGGUGGUGAUCACAGGGAGUGAUGAUCAGUCGUCUCAGCUGAUGUCCAGUUGGGAGACGGACGGUGUGUGUGAAGCGGCUCAGAACUGCUGUGUGGCUAUUCGAGUGGACGCUGAGAGUGAAACGUGUGUCCAGUUCUCACAGAUCUAUCCGGUGGUGUGUAUCCCGUCCAGCUUCUUCAUCGGAGAGAACGGGAUUCCUCUGGAGGUGAUCGCCGGCAGCGUGACGGAGGACGAGCUGAAGCGCCGGAUCAGCAGAGCGGCGCAGAUGCACACGCAGCAGAUGAGCGCAGAGAGCGCCGAUCAGACGCCAGCUUCGGAGCCGCAGGACGCCACGUCUAAAGAAUCCCUGUCUGUGCCGAUGGAGGAGGACGGAGCGUCAGGUCACGUGACUCCAGGUGAAGACGCGUCUCAGCCGGACGAGGCUCUGGAUAACAAAGUAGAGAGGAUAACAAAGAAGCUGGAGGAAAGACGUGAGCAGAAGAAGAAAGCAGAAGAAGAGAAUGAGCUGAAGAAGGAGGUGGAGAGGCGUAAGAUGGGGAAGGAGAUGCUGGACUACAAGAAGAAGCAGGAGGAGGAUAAAACCAAGCGUCUGCUGGAGGAGAGGAAUCGAGAGAAGGCCGAGGAGCGAGCGGCCAGAGAGCGGGUCAAGCAGCAGAUCGCUCUGGACCGCGCAGACCGAGCGGUGCGUUACGCUCAGAGCCAGCAGGACGCGGAGACGGCUCGGACCGCAGCGCUGCAGGCCAGAGCCGCAGAACAGGAGGCCAAGAGAGACGCGGCGCAGCGAGAGAAGAGUGCGUUUGCCAGGAUUCAGUUCCGUCUGCCGGACGGCUCGUCCUUCACAAACCAGUUCCCGUCAGAGACGCGUCUGCUGGAGGCCCGGCAGUUCGCCGCUCAGGAGGUGGGGAACCGAUACGGUCAGUUCUCUCUGGCCACCAUGUUCCCUCGGAGAGAGUUCACAGCUGAAGAUCUGCAGAGAUCACUGCUGGAGCUGGAACUGACCCCCAGCGCCUCCAUCGUGCUGCUUCCUCAGUCCAGCCGCCCAUCUAACACUGUGGUGCACUCGUCUGCGGCCGGAGGCAUCUGGGCAGCGCUGGGGUCACUGCUGUACCCGCUGCUGUCCGUCUGGAGGUUCAUCAGCGGAUUCCUGUUCAGCAGCGCUCCUCCUGCUCCUCCACCGGCUGCUCAGAACCAACAAGCACCGAACGCUUACGGCUCCGGCUCCGGCUCCGGCUCCGGCUCCGGCUCCGGCGCAGAACCAAAGAGAGAUGCGGUUCGUAAGAGGGUUCUUGAGAAGAGGCCUGAGGACUUCAAGAAAGACGGGAAAAUAUACCGGCUACGGACUCAAGAAGACAAAGAGGACGACAACAACACCUGGAACGGCAACUCCACGCAGCAGAUGUAGCGCGGCGAGCCUCUGUGCGUUGAGUGUGUGUCAGUCUUAACGGUGGGUUUAUCAUUUAGGGCUGUGAUCUCAUUCCCCUUCCCUCCGGCUCCACCCCGCAUGGGUCAAUCUAACUCGCUUCAAGCGCGCCCGAUGACGACUGCGGCCUCGAGAAACACACAGGUUUGAGGCUUUGAUGCAUUUGCCAUCGCCAGGAUUGAUUUAAUACAGUAACCUCUGCUGCGAAUGCGGUCUGUUGUGAAUAUCUGACGGUUUGUGGCGUUUUAUAUGGUGGUUUUGACCCCACAGCGUCAUAAACCUCCUCAGCAAUAGAAUGUCUUUCUACUAGUUUAAGCACAGAUGCUACUUGAUCCUUUAACGAUAGAAUAAAAGAUGUUUUUCAAUGAAA